CGCAGUCCUCUCUCGCGAGAGCUGAAGUCUCGCCUAGGUGCCAGGAGACAGCGCGAGAAGCGUGCGCUUCCGCCACUGCCGGCGGCCGCGGAGAGGAGGAUUCCUCAGGUACGCGGCAGGUACCAUGUUCCUGACUGCGCUUCUCUGCCACAGCCGCAUUCCCGGCCGUCAGUGGAUCGGGAAGCACCGGCGGCCGCGGUUCGUGUCGUCGCGCGCCAAGCAGAAUAUGAUUCGCCGCCUGGAGAUCGAAGCGGAGAACCACUACUGGCUGAGCAUGCCCUACAUGACCCGGGAGCAGGAGCACGGCCACGCCGCGGUGCGCAGGAAGGAGGCCUUCGAGGCCAUCAAGGCGGCCGCCACUUCCAACUUCCCCCCACAUAGAUUCAUUGUGGACCAGCUCGACCAUCUCAAUGUCACCAGGAAAUGGUCCUAACUCAGCCGUCACCCUUGGAUUUUAUGGAUCACGGGGCUGCCCCUCUUUACCUGUUCCUGGGACUGAAAAACUAGCUUCUGUGAAUAUGUGAGCCUUUGGACCAGUCUUAAUUAAAACAAACAAACAUGAGUAGUCUGCAUAUGGACUGUCUGGGGCUGUAAACCUCCCAGUACUUGGAAGUCUAAUCGUUGUCCUGUCGUUUCUUUAGACUGAUAGGACAAUAGGGAUUUCCUCAGUCCCAGAUGGUGUUUUGAAGGAGAGCUGCAAUAAAGCCACAGACUAUGAUUUGA